GCAGCUUGUCUGCAUGUGUGUAAGAGAGAUAGAGACUUAUCUGAAAGAGCUGAACACAAAUCUGAAUUUCAUACAGCAGAAUGCAAAUUCAAUAUGUUCUCUGUGAAGUAACUGGUCUCUUUCAUCUCGACCAGCUGACUUGGCCAGUACACGAACCAUCCCCCCUCGUGCACAAUUGGCUCUGGCCCGGGAGCGAAAGGUGAAAAUGCGGAAGUUUCCACCCGGGCUGGGUAUUUUCAUAUUUAGAUCACAGCCUUAACAUUGGUCUCCAGCUGGAUUUCCGGGGACAUAAACUCAACAUCGAUGGCGACUUUAAAUUCGGAGCGGAGAGCUUUCGUGCAGAAGAUCAACAGGUAUUCCUCAGCUGAAAUUAGGAGACAAUGUUUCCAGCAGACAAACCAGCCAGUCACAAAUUAUCAACGCCAUACAAGUAGCUGUGGCACUCUCUCAUUUCAGAUACCUCCAUACUAUAACCCUGUGGUGCCAGUGGAUUUUGAAGAGUUCCUGAUGUCGCAAUUCAACAUUGCAGAUUCUGAUCUUCAGCAGGACCUGGGCGACUUCCCUGAUGAUGACCUGGACAUUACUUUUGUUCCAAGAGAGUGUAGGACCAUUCAGCCUUCUGUUCCUGAAGAUGGGGUUGAUUUAGAUCCUCACGUGCGUGACUGUGUCCAGACCUAUACUCAAGAUUGGCUUAUUGUCAACAGAAGGAGCCAAGGAGACUCUGGAGCCUUUGGAUCAAGUGCACUUGGAUCAAAGCGUGAUCUGUGCAAGACUCUUUCAAAGCAGAUAUUUGAAUCGGAAGAAAAUGGCGACUCGUCCAGCCAAGAAUUUCAGGAUGAAUCAAAGCCUCAACCAAUUCUGUGUACAGUACCUGAGACGGCAACUUUGACAUCAUGUGACUUUGACCUUCGAAGCCUGCAGCCAGACACCCGUUUAGAAAGUAUACUUCAGCCCAUCACACCAGAGCAGCUUGAUAGACAUAAUGAAGAAACGAGAAGAGCCAACAGACCAGCAGACCUCUUUGCUCUCUGUCCACCAGCAGACGAGGAAGAUGCCAUCGAAAAUCGUCCAGCUCCUGAUUGUCCAAAAGAACAUACAGGCCACAGAAUCCUUAUAAAGUGCCAAAUCUUAAAGUUUGAAAUUGAAGUAGAGCCAAUGUUUGCCAGUUUAGCCUUGUACGACUUAAAAGAGAAGAAAAAGAUUUCAGAGAACUUUUACUGUGACCUGAACAGCGAUCAGAUAAAGGCUUUUCUUCGUAAUCCAAAUCAAAUGGCUCCCUCCAGCCUGAGUCGCGCAGCAAUCUUCUCCAUUACGUAUCCAUCGCCAGACAUCUACCUGGUCAUCAAGAUUGAAAAAGUUCUUCAGCAAGGAGAUAUUGCCGAAUGUGCUGAUCCAUACCUUGUCAUGAAAGAGAUUGACUCGGCAAAGAAUAAAGAUAAAAUAGAGAAGUUGAAGACUCAAGCUGAGUCCUUUUGCCAGCGGCUGGGAAAAUACCGAAUGCCUUUUGCCUGGGCUUAUGUGAAUAUCAUGAAUAUAGUCUCCACUCUCACGGACAAAGAUCCAAUGGAGGUUGAAAACACCAGUGCUAAGGUCAACAGUGGAGACAAAAAGGUUUACUCACAUCAAAGACGGCUUUCUGAAAAGUCAGCUCUUUUGGAGGAACAGUGCAAUUUGUCCAAUUUCAAAACUGCCACAGUUACAGUCAGCAGCUUCUUUAAACAGGAAGGUGACAAGCUAAGUGAUGAAGAUUUGCUGAAGUUUUUGGCUGAGAUAAAAAGGUCAUCGGCACCCCUGAGAAGAUUGCGGUCCAUAACAGGUCAAAUCAAAACCGAAAUCUUGGCUGUCAGUGAGAGCCCUGCAUUCUGCAUUACUCCUGAGCUGUUGCCAGUGAAGCCAUAUCCUGAAAACCGUGGUCGACCAAUCAAAGAAAUUCUAGAAUUCCCGUCUCAUGAAGUCUAUGUUCCGCAUACCACUUACAGGAAUCUACUCUAUGUCUACCCACAACGACUUAAUUUUGCCAACCGGUUAGCUUCUGCUCGAAAUAUUACGAUCAAAAUCCAGUUCAUGUCGGGGGAGGAUCUGAGCAAUGCCAUGCAGGUUCUUUUUGGAAAAUCAAGCACCACAGAAUUUGUCUCGGAGACAUAUUCUGCAGUUACUUACCAUAAUAAGUCUCCGGAUUUCUACGAGGAAGUAAAACUUAAACUUCCUGCUAAAAUUACAGAAAGACACCACUUGCUGUUUACAUUCUACCAUAUCAGCUGCCAGCAGAAACAGAACCAAGGAUCGCCAGAGACUCUAAUCGGGUAUUCGUGGCUGCCGAUUCUUAUGAAUGAACGUCUUCAGACUGGUCAUUACUGUCUGCCAGUUGCUUUGGACAAACUUCCCAACAAAUACUCGAUGCACUCUCCAGAGAAGAUUCCAAACCAGUCUCCACCAGUCAAAUGGGUAGAUGGCCACAAGGGUGUAUUCAACGUGGAGAUACAAGCAGUUUCCUCAGUACAUACCCAGGACAACCACCUGGAUAAGUUCUUUGCAUUGUGUCACACUCUGGAAGGCCGGGUGACAUUCCCAAUUCGGAUUCUCGACCAGAAGAUAAUGGAACAUGACCUGGAGCACGAGCUGAAGUUGAGCAUAAUCUCACUGCCUUCAGCUCGGCUUGAACCGCUGGUACUGUUUCUGCACCAGGUCCUGGAUAAGCUUUUCCAAUUGACAAUACAGCCAAUGGUCGUUGCAGGUCAGACAGCCAAUCUUGCACAGUUCACGUUUGAGUCAGUCGUGUCGAUAGUGAACAGUCUUCACAACAGCCCCGACCUCAGCAAGGAUCAACACGGACGCAACUGCUUACUGAUGUCUUAUGUCUACUAUGUAUUUCGCCUGCCAGAUUCUGUGAAAGAGAUGGCCAAAGGUGGCUCAGCACCGCUUCCCAUGUUUCCAGAGAGUCGUUACUACACCGUGGGGCGAUCCAGCGCUGCCUUUGUUGGAUCCAGACUCAUGCAGUCUCGUAUCUUGAGCAGCAGUAAUCCUGAUAUUGCAGGCACACUGGCUUUAGAUGAAGAUCCAAAGAAUGUUACCUCUUCCAAGGGAAUGGAUCGAAGUGUGCGGAUGUCUUCCUAUGUAGAAGUAAGCAGCUACUUCAACAACGCUGGUUCUGUUGGACGAUCUUCAAACAGAAAGCAAUUUCAUGAAGAACUAGCAUUGCAAAUGGUGGUGAGCACUGGCAUGGUGAGAGAAAAUGUCUUCAAGUAUGCCUGGUUCUUCUUCGAGCUUUUGAUUAAAAGCAUGGCCCAAUACAUCUGUCAGAUGGACAAACAAGAUUCUUCUCGAAAGCAACGCUUCUCUGAUCGCUUCAAGGAUGAUGUUGCCACUAUUGUCAAUGUUGUGACUUCUGAGAUUGCCACAAUUCUCGUGAAACAGCAGAAGGAAGUUGAACAGGCUGAAAAAAUCAACAUAAGCUUGGCAUUUUUCCUGUAUGAUCUACUUUCCCUCAUGGACCGUGGCUUUGUGUUCAAUCUAAUUAGAAAUUAUUGUUGCCAGCUAUCCAGCAAACUGCAGUCAAUGCCCACUCUCAUCUCCAUGCGCCUGGAGUUCCUGAGGAUUCUCUGCAGCCAUGAACACUUUCUCAGCCUGAACCUUUUCUUCAUCACUAACCUAUCGGCACCUGCGUCUCCAUGUCCAUCAUUAUCUUCACAGAAUUCUAGUUCAUGUUCAAGUGUUCAAGACCAAAAAAUUGCCAACAUGUUUGAGCUCUCAGCUGAUUAUCGUCAGCAGCAUUUUCUGAUUGGGCUUCUCUUCACUGAGCUUGUUGCAGCCCUGGAUGCUGAAACAGAAGGGAUCGCAAAAGUACAGAAGAAGGCUGUCAAUGCAGUACUCAAUCUCCUGUGUUCACAUGAUCUAGACUCCCGCUAUUCAAAACCAACGAUUAAAACUAAGAUAGCUGCCUUAUACCUUCCUCUCAUAGGGAUCAUCAUGGAUGCACUGCCACAGAUCUAUGACUUCACAGAUGCUCACUCCAAGAAGACUCGUCCAGGUGGUUCAGAUGGUGACACAGAUGUGAGCCCCAUCAAUCAUUCAGUUGCCUUGAUGAUAGCUGGAAAUCCUGUGAACACAAUGCUGAGGAAUACUGGAAUAUCAUAUUCAUCACUGCAAAGCAAACAAAUUAACCCACUGGCUGCUGAUGCAAGCCGGACAUUGCUGAUUUCUUUCUUAUGGAUCUUGAAGAAUGCUGAUCAAACUCUGCUAACAAAAUGGGCUUCAGAUCUUCCUGUAUCACAACUCAACAAGAUCUUAGACCUGCUCUAUCUUUGUGUUUCCUGCUUUGAGUAUAGGGGCAAAGCAACUUCAGAUAAAGUCAGUACGCAAGCUCUGCAAAAGAGCAAACAUACCAAAGCACGUCUGGAAGAAGUGCUUCUGGGAAAUGCAGGAGCCCGUGGAGAAAUGAUGAAGCGAUGCCGUGGACCAGGAAACGAAAGAAACUUUGGAAUAAAUGAAAACCUGCGAUGGAGAAAAGAUCAAACACAAUGGCGACAGGGCAAUGAGAGGCAUGAAAAGACCAAAGCAGACCUGGAUCAGGAAGCUCUGAUCUCAGGAAAUCUUGUUACUGAGGCUAAUCUGAUUAUUUUAGACACCUUGGAAAUAAUUAUACAGGCAAUUUCAAUGUCUGAUUGCAAGGACAAUGUCUUGGGAAGUGUUUUCAGAGUUCUUCUUCAUAGUCUGGGUUGUAAUCAAAGUUCUUACUACCUAACACAUUGCUUCAGCACACUGCGAGCUCUCAUAACCAAGUAUGCGGAUCUGUUGUUUGAGGAGGAGGCAGAGCAGUGUUCCGACAUGUGUCAAAGAAUCUUACACCACUGCAGCAGCAGUAUUGACAGCACCCGUACUCAUGCCUGCGCCACACUCUACCUCCUUAUGAGGCAAAGCUUCAACAUAAUCAGUAAUUUUGCCAGAGUUAAAAUGCAAGUCACCAUGUCUUUAGCGUCUCUAGUUGGUAAGUCAUCCGAUUUUAAUGAAGAAUACUUGAGGCGAUCUUUGCGAAGUGUUUUGGCUUAUGCAGAGGAAGAUGAGGAAAUGCAGCCAACAAUGUUUCCAAUUCAGGUGGAGGAACUGUUGUCAAACCUCAACAGUAUCUUGUCUGACACAGUAAAAAUGAGAGAGUUCCAAAAGGAUCCUGAGAUGCUUAUGGACCUGAUGUACAGACUAGCAAAAGGAUAUCAGACUUCGCCCGACCUCCGGUUGACCUGGCUUCAAAACAUGGCAGAAAAACACACUAAGCGCAAGUGCUACACGGAGGCUGCCAUGUGCCUGGUCCAUGCAGCGGCACUUGUAGCGGAGUACCUCAGCAUGUUAGAGGACCACAAGUACCUUCCAGUAGGCUGUGUUAGCUUUCAGAAUAUAUCGCCCAAUGUACUGGAAGAAUCUGCUGUUUCAGAUGAUAUUUUGUCCCCUGAUGAAGAUGGGAUCUGUAGUGGAAGAUACUUCAGUGAAAAUGGUCUUGUGGGUUUACUAGAACAAACUGCUGAGCUCUUCAACACAGCUUACAUGUUUGAAACUGUGAACGAAGUUUACAAAGUUGUUAUUCCAAUCCAAGAAGCCCACAGAGAUGUGAACAAACUGGCUUAUAUACACGAGAAGCUGAAAAAAGCAUUUGACAGCAUUACCCUAAAGGGAGCUAAACGAAUGUUUGGAACAUACUUCCGUGUGGCAUUUUACGGAGCUAAAUUUGGUGAUUUGGAUGAACAGGAAUUUAUUUACAAAGAGCCUGCCAUCACAAAGUUGCCAGAAAUUUCUCAUCGACUGGAGGCAUUUUACAGCCAGUGCUUUGGUGAAGGUAAGAUGGAAGUAAUUAAAGACUCCUGUCCUGUGGAGAAAGCAAAGCUGGAUCCCAACAAGGCCUACAUACAAAUAACCUUUGUUGAACCGUUCUUUGACGAUUAUGAAAUGAAAGACAGAAUCACCUACUUUGAAAAGAAUUUCAACCUACGGCGCUUCAUGUACACCACUCCGUUUACCAAGGACGGACGCCCCCGCGGGGACCUCAGCGAGCAGUACAAGAGAAAAACCAUCCUGACAACUCUACAUGCGUUCCCUUACAUUAAAACCAGGAUUAAUGUCAUUCAAAAAGAAGAGUUUAUCCUCACGCCUAUUGAGGUAGCUAUUGAGGACAUGCAGAAGAAAACGCUUGAAUUGGCAGUUGCAACUCACCAGGAACCUCCAGAUGCCAAGAUGCUUCAGAUGGUUCUGCAAGGCUCCGUGGGAACUACUGUAAACCAGGGUCCUUUAGAAGUAGCUCAAGUGUUUCUGGCUGAAAUUCCAGAGAAUUCAAACCUCUUCCGACAUCACAAUAAACUGAGAUUAUGUUUCAAAGAAUUUAUUAUGCGAUGUGGAGAUGCUGUAGAGAAAAAUAAGCACCUGAUUACUUCCGACCAAAAAGAAUAUCAACAAGAACUGAAAAAGAAUUACAACAAAUUAAAAGAGAAUCUGAGACCGAUGAUUGGGAGAAAGAUCCCAGACCUGUACAAACCAAUAAUAAAAAUUCAACGCGCAUCCAAGGAAUCAUUCAAACGAUCAAGCUUUAAGAAAUAUGAAUCAUCACUAUCCAACUCACAGAGCAGCUGAUGGAAUCUGUCAAAGAGACCCCAGGAACCACUUUUUUCACAUUCAUUUCAACUAAAGGCAAUUCAUGAAGUUCUAUCAUCCAUCAAAACAAUUGUAUAAGAAAUCUGAAAACUACAAUCAGUUACCUUCUUCAAAAACAAAACACUUCAGAAAUAACACAUGGAUGAACACUGAUAUCAUUUACUCCAUGGAUAGAUGAAGCUGCCUCAACCGGCUGUUCGUUAAUCCAACUUGCCAAUGGGGCUCUGAUGACUUGUUAUUUGCACCUUUUCCUAACAAUAGUAAUACAUACAUGGUUUGUAUUUAAUUUGUUUCCCAACUCAUCAAUGUGUGCUAUGAUGUUUACAUAAACUGCAGUUGCAUCUUCUAAUUUAAAGUACAGCAAGUAUGUCAUAUUCCAUAAGGUCUCAGCUGGUGCUGUAUAAUAUGGAUGGUUAUUUUUCAUUGUCAUUUAAUUUUUUUUAAAGAUAGGCUCUUUAUUGUUAUUGAUGUAAUCCUGUUUUAUAAGUGUAACAUGUGCAUUGAAUCAAUCAGGUUUCUUUAGUUCAGUCAGAUGUCAAUAAUGUGUUCUGCAACUCCUACAGAUAUACCUCCAUUAUUAAAUUAACUGAAGUUCAGCUAUUUUAUCGAUAGGACCUACUUAUUAAGCAUAUUGCAACACAGUAUCAUCAGAAUAGCAUUGACUUGCAAUUUUUCGUGCAACCAGCUUUUACAUUCCUUGGUCCAAGCUGGAAAAAACUUGUGUUUGAAUCAAUAAUGAAUUUUACAUGAACUGCUGUAAGCAUUCAAUGAAAUAUAUGUUGACUCUAUGAGCUAACUGCAAGUAUCCCAGUAAAUCCACAUAGUCAAUCCUCGUUUCCUACUGUCUUGAAAAUUAAGCCUUCUCUAUUGUCAAAAAUAAUUUGCACAGGAUCACCACCCCUUAAAAGCUGCUCCGCCUAGAGAUGACUGGAGCAUGUGGAAAAGCAAUGCAAUUUUGUUUUUUUCAUCACGUACAUCCAAGUUUCAAAAUAUGUCUCUGAUCUUGAACUAGAAAUGGAGGCAACAUUGCAGACUGCCUUAAUUCUUCAUUGAUUGUAUAUUACUGUAUCUAAUGUACAGGAUCUUUCAAUCAUGCAACUCAGCAUCUGCCAAGUGAAGGUGGCGCAAAUGCUUCAAAUGUUCUUCUAUAUUAAGCAUUCCUUUUGUUUUUUAUUUGGAUUCGAAAUAAUGUAUAUUGUAUGUAUAGAUGAGAUUCUGUUUGUAAAAGUAAAAUGCUUUUCUAAAAAACAUGAAAUAUUGAUGUAAAUGUAUCAUUGAAUUACUUCCAUCAGUCUGAAGAAGGGUUUCGGCCCGAAAUGUUGCCUAUUUCCUUCGCUCCAUAGAUGCAGCUGCACCCGCUGAGUUUCUCCAGCAUUUUUGUGUACCUUUCAUUGAAUUAUUUGCUCUUUACAUUCUAGAAUCUUUGACAAUCAAAGCAGAUAGAAGUGGAGCUAGUUUGUUCUCAACCCUUUUGCCUGUCUUUCCCCCCUUUUUAUAUUAUUGCUGACAUCAGUUUAAUUCACUUAAUGUUGCAGUUCCUAGCUGAAUGAUUACUGUGACAUAAAAGCUGUUUCUCUUGUUCCCAGUUCUGAUGAAGGGUCCCAGACUCAAAACAUUAACAAUACUCUUUCCAGAGAUUCUGCCUGACCUGCUGAGCUUUUCCACCAUUUUCUCUUUUUCAAUUUCAGGUUUCCAACAUCUGCAGUGUUUUUAUUUGAUUUCCACAUUCUAUUACACUGCUCAAUACGUACUCACAUGUAUUGACCUUCCCCUUUCAUUUUCCCAGCCAUAAAGCUAAAUUGCCAACCAAAUAAAAGAGAAGUCUGGAACUUGCCAAUAUUGAAAUUGCCUUUGUUCUCAUCCAAUAACCUCUGAACUGGAGGAAAAACAUGCCUUUAUUUGGAGUGCACCUGGUCCCAGGAUGAUCCAGGACCACUCCUGACCCAGUGGUCAGUACAUUGGUGGACAAAGAGCACAGAAGCUCCAACAUCUGAUCACCAACAUGCCCAAUACCACCAGAUUCAAAUGAAAAUGGCAAUGCACAACCGGUGAUUAUUUUCCAAACUACUGCCUUAAUAUUGUCAUAGAACAUAAAACAGUAGCAGUCCAUGCAGAACAUGCUGCCAAGUUAAACUGGUCUCUCCUGCCUGCAUGUGAUCCAUAUCCCUCCAUUCCCUGCAUGUCCAUGGGCCUAUCCAAAAUCCUCAACCACCAUUAUGAUAUCUAAAAGCCAAAGGUGAUGCAUUGGCCUUUUUUUUUAAAUUGGCUAACAAUGACAAACACGAAAAUCCUGAAGCUGAACCAUAAAUAUAAAAAACAAAUAAAUGGGUCUACAUGCUUUCCAUGAUGUAGCUCGACAUUCAGAGUGUUAAUAUUUCUAACCUAGAGGUAGAAUGUACCAAUCAAGUUCCAGUCUGUGCUCCACUCAACAUGAGAAGAGGAGUGGGCUACAUGUCUGCUCCUCCAUUCAUUGAGAUCAUGGUUAAUAGUUGUUUGCCUCUAUUCCAUUUUCCUGCACUAAUCUAUUUUAUUUGAUCCCCUAAAAAUAUAUUGGUCUCUAUCUUGAAUAUACUUUGUGACAUAGCCUCCACAGCCCUCUUGAGUAGUGAAUAUCAACCCCAGGUGUUGAAGCUCCUUGUGCCUCUAUCAUGAAUGGCAACCCAUUAUUUUGUGAAUCUAACACCCAGACAGGAGAAACAUCAUUGUUACAUCUACCCUGCCAGAAUUUUGUACAUGACAUCCAACAACUUCAAACUCCAACUUCAAGUCCAACCAUUUAUACCCCAAGGAUAAUUACAUAGACUUUCUCUUCUGUACACUGUAUUAUACAAUGGAAACACUCUGUUGGCAAACACCCUCCCCAACUGAAAUGAAGAAAGGGCUCUGGGUCCUCCCCGAAUUACAACUGCACAUCCAAUGGACAAUUCCUACAUAUGAAUGAGUAUUUGGGAGACCAGCACAAUGAAAGGGGAUGGCAUUGCUGGCUGCUGCAGGCAUCUCCUGACACACAGUAACAGGACAAGAGAGAGAGCUAGAUAGGGCUCUUAAAAAUAGCGGAGUCAGGGGAUAUGGGGAGAAGGCAGGAAUGGGGUACUGAUUGGGGAUGAUCAACCAUGAUCACAUUGAAUGGCGGUACUGGCUCGAAGGGCCGAAUGGCCUACUCCUGCACCUAUUGUCUAUUGACAUUUCCACAUGCUCCCUCCACAUGUCCCUCACCACCAAGCCACAACAAUCUGUGCUGGGUCAAGCCAAGCAGAGCUGGGAACGUUAAGCAGAAUCACUCACUCAUUCACUGUCAAUGAGACUGGCUGGUGGCCAUUCUUCCUGUGCCUGCUUGUCCUCCCAUCACAGCUGUUUCUAUGAUCCUCCCACACGCUUUGUUUAUAAUCCUUUCCGAUUUAUGACAGUUCUCAGGAACAGAACACUGUUGUAGCCUGGGGACUGCCUGGAAGUAAUUUGUUGAGUUGAAACAAAUAGGCAUCAUUUUAACUGGGUGGGCAAACAUUUAUCAGUAAAAUGACCGUCUAGUCAGAGUGCAACGACCAGUCAUGGAUGUGACUGGCAUAUUCCCAUUAAUAUAAUGCAGCAUGAAGUGUAUCAGCUGUAGACUAACCUCACAUACAGAUACUGGAAAAAUACCUCAAAUUGCAUUCUACAAAAUGUUGCAAAUGACACUCAGAAUUUUGAUCCAAACCACAGCUGAGAAAACACAGUGAGAAUUAAAUUAAUGCACAAGUAUCUGGAAGCUCAGAAAAUAUACAUUAGCAUUUCAUAUGUUCACCAGUGACUGACACAUGUUAUUUUGUUUGCUUCUUGCAGAAGUGGAUGGAUCAACUGUGCAUUUUCCCCUUUCUCUAUUUAAGUUUCUAAUUUCUACUUUUUGAACACACAUGGGAGACAGAAUGACAUCUAAUAAUACUAGCUUUAAAUCAAAUCAAAAUUAUGAUUACACCACUGUUCCCUUGGCAUGCAUAUUUUUCAAUCAUGGUAAAGACAGGAACUAUAAUAGGAGAUCGGGGAAUGCAAUUUCAAGUUGUUCUGUGAUUCCAUUUAUUCCAAUUGCAUACACUUUCCGGGUGGUCAAGGGAUUAAAUAUAUUGGUUUAUUUCCAGUAUUGACUGCUUGACAAAAUGGAUCAUAGGCCAGAGUAUGUGGGGAAGGAUUUAAAUUGUCUUGCACUGCUGGAAGAGUACAGCAGUCAAUCUCAAUUCUCGAGCUCAGGAAUCAUCUCAUGUGAAUGGAUAUACACAGCUGUAGAGGGGACUCUGGAAUUCUUUUAACAAAUGAGCAUCACUGUGAUUUCUGACAUGUGGUCGAAGGACCAUACUUAUGCAAACAGUAGAUAACAGUCCAAUUAACAUAUAACUGAAUCAGUACAGAUCUGAGUUUAACGAUGAGUGAAAUGUAAUUGGAUCCUCACUUCACUUCACCACCAGUCAUGAUUGCUGAGUACAUUAGUACACUUUUGUGUAUGGUACUCUCAUUCUUGUAUCUGGAUGGAUGUUACCAAACAUGCAUCUUGGCUGUAUAUCCUAUCACAGGUAUCAAAGCUAUUCGAUAUAACACUGUUAGGUAAUGGAAAUAUUAAAACAGUGGAAAAGAACAAAUGUAGUGUCCAAAUAAUGAAGGAUCGAAUAAUGUAGAAGAGGCCGAUCAAAAUAAACAAAAUAGUUAGCUAAUGCGCCACACUAUAUAAAGACAAUUAAUAUGAUUAAUCAGCUUGAAGGUUAAAGUUGAGAGAUUUUUACAUAUUUUUUACAAAUAUUUCUUCUACGGACCUUGGGAUGUGUUAUAUUUUGUUUUUGCAUGGAGGAGCAAAUUGGAUCAGAAGUGGCUUAUUUUGAGCUGCAAAGUCUGAAGUCCUGUGAAAGUGAGAAACAGACCCACCCUUUCACCUACUAACCACAUCAAAAGAAAAAUCCAAAGCUCAAGCUGUGCAUGUCCCAUUCAUGUCUUUGUUUUGAUCUUCUGUCUAAUCCAUCUGGAGAAACAAAUGCUGGCAGAAGAACCUUUUUAUUUAUUUUCACUUAAAACUCAGUAUCAACACAAAUCUUACGGUGAAGAAGCUAUGCUCUUACCUUGUACUACCCUGUCCAUAAAUCUGUCCAUCUGUCAAUGUCACAAAAUAAACUCUCCUCCAAAGAUUCAGAAAGAAACUGCUUAAAAGUAGACUCCAUUUUUCCCUCUGCUUUAAUUAAUUGUAUUUUUAUUUCAGUGGGGUGUAGGCGUGUAAAAUAUUGGAAUUGAAUCAGCUUCAAAGGUAAUGUAGUCAUUAUUCCAGUAACCUGCCAGGAUUUAUGAGAAUACUGAUCAUUCGGAAUAUAUAGAGUUUUAACGGUGACUAUCACAACAAGAAGAAAAAGUGAAGGUAACAACAUUGUUGAAAACAAUGGAAAGACAAAAAAUUAUACUCUCUUCAAUUAAUCUGAUCAAAUAAAUGCUUGGUAUUA